GUUCCUGAUCCUAGCGAGAUCCUACCACCACACGGAGGUCUGACACCUGAAGGUUUUUGGGUGAUCACAGUCGGGCAGGAAGUGGGGAUAUUCUAUCAUUGGGUUGAUGUUGCUGAACGCACAAAUUUUGUUAGUGGCAAUGUUCAAAAGCGGUAUCCUUCAUUCCAGAAGGCCCACGAAGUAUACACGGUCAAGCAUAAUGAGGGUAGAGUGCGAGCGGUUCCUUUUCCAGGCGGCCCUUUCUGGCCUUCCAAUCUA